AUGAGGAAAGCUCGCGGCAGACUUGUCCCGGAGCUAGCUGCUAUGGCGCCACCAGGGGGAGUUCUAUGCAAUCGGCAGAUCGUCGACUCUCAUGCUUGGAGUGCUAAGAAGGUGUCCAAAUUCGAACUCCAAGAGCUCUGGUCAAAUGUUCUGAAGGAUCGCAAGGUCCUCGUCGUGAUCGGGAGUUCUUUUCAGGUCGAUGCGCUCGAGCCAAUCUUGCAUCUGGCAGCCGGAGCCGCUGUGUACUUCGUCCGGGAUGCGGAGCUCGAGGACAUUUCAGGUCUACUCGAAACACUCCGGAGCCAUUCAGCUGACUUCAACACAGUGCUACUCGCCAUCGAGUCGCGGUCAUCUGCCCUUCUGUCUGCCGGCCUCGACUGCACCGUGCAGACCUUGGACGUCGGAGCCCUGCGAAUAUCGCCUGCCCCGAGGCAGCAACCCGUACCAUCGCCUCUCACGACAGCAAAUGCCGGUAGCCAGGCGGCAUGGGCUUCCUUUCCGAGGCCUCAUCUCCAACGAUCCACGGCUUGGCAGAGCUUGAAUGGCAAGUGGUCUGUGCACAUCAGCACGAGGGAUCAGGAGAUGCCGCCAGAGAACUUUGAGGACGGGUUCGUCGAGGUGCCUUUCCCGGCUGAGUCACACAGGGGUGGGCUGCAGCGCCGAAUCUCCGAAUAUGAGAGAAGACGUUUCUAUGCUGUUGCUCUCCAGAGCAAAGGCGUGUGCUUUCUCUUCUUCGUCGAAGAGGACGUUGUGAUUAAUUCCACAUUGUUUUUCUUUGCUUUUUUUACCUCCAAAGCGAGAACGUGGAAGCCAGAAGUCUUGACUUUAGCAAAGUGGGUCUUGGUCUCGGUGACUUCCAAGCAGGUGCGUGGCGUCACUCCUGCACUGAAACGUAUUUGGGUCCGGGCUGCGUUGAAGCUCAUGCUUUUCAAGUUCAUUUCCUUUGUCCGGGUGGAUCACGCUAUCACACUACCCACGACGGACACAGCAGAUGCUGCCGUCCCCUCCAACCUGUUCGCUUACCCGCUUUUCGUUUGCAAAGGUGCGACUGGGAGUGUGCCGUGUUCGCAGACGGAAUCCUGCUCGGCAUUCACCGAGGUUGGAGUGUGCAAGGACCUUAUGAUGCGCGUGAACUCUGUGGCUAGGCUUCAAAGAGCUAGCCUAGGUUCUUUGAACACACCCCGGCGUCCUGACCUACCGGCCUUCAUGCUCGUUCACAGUUUGGUGAGCCUGCCACCACCUCAGAAGCCGGAGGAGGUAAGGGAUGAUGUGGACCUGGAGCCUUGGUUUGAGAGCUCCUUUGAGGCGGGGAAGCUAAACCUGCCGGGCUCACCAUGCCAUUUGUCCAUGGCCUGCCCAACCUCGACUCCCGUGGACUUGCAAGCUCUCGGCACGAACUCAUCGGAGACGCUUCCGGAGCCCUCGCAUUUCUGCGCUUCGUUCGACUCAGGAGGCAUCUUUGCCGAGCUGCCUGAACAUGUGCGGCGAGCCCCGGACAGGAGAACUCACGAGCUAUACGUGCAAUACCUGGACCAGUACCUGCAGGACAUGCAGCUGGACAAGCGCGGCUUCAGACUUGCGGUGCUUCGCCGACGUCGGCGUGAUUUCCCAACCGACAGCUUGCAGACAAGAUUUGCCUCGCUCUUUCCAAGCAUGUCUCGGCAUGAUGUCCUUGCUUCGGCAGAGUGCCACAGUCUUGGCCAGGCUCCGCAGGUGGUUCCGAGUGCUCUGGGUUGCAAGAGGCAGAUGCUCCGAAGCAUGUUUGCUGCUUUUCAUAGCAUUUCCGGGGAGGAGGACUGGGCUUUGCUCAGAUUCUUGCCUUGCAGCCGCCCGGUCAGCCUUCAGGUUGAGCUUUGGUGGUUUGGAGGCCUGUCCCGAGUUACGGCUGAAAGCGGUGAGACUGAAUUUGGGAUUUUCGCUGACCUGAACCAGAGCAUGUCAGGUGGCUAUGACCCGUUCACAUUCGAGUUGGCUGUUCAUGGUGGAAAGGACCGUCGCUUGUGGGCAUUGAUCCCGGCCAUGCGAGACACCGUGCAACUUACGAUUCGGGUGUGGGAUCCCACAGACAGCGGCUGCGAGUAUGCUGUCGACGAUGACCAGCCACCUCGAUGCGACCGGUGUUGUCAGACAGGCUGGCAGCCACGUGGAAAACAGUCACUUCAGCCGGGCUUCAUCAUGUACUCUGCUGCCUCAGGCCCAUGGCAAAGCAUCUGGCUGGAGGAGGCUCCCCGAGGCUGCCUCAUUGCAUCUGCUGCAGCUGAGCUUUUGGAUACGAAGCGCAUCAGAUUCCAGGUGGACCUGACCGAGUCAAGCCCCUGUGCGGGGAUGUUCUUGCGCGUUGCCGUAUUUCUCGAAGGGGCAAUGAUCGCCGAAGGAGGAGGUAGCACAGAAGCCGCCGAAGUCGUGGGCCCCGAGGCUUGGGAACUCUGGAGCCCAACCAAGCCGACGCUACAUAUGGCGAAGCUGUCAUUGUGCUCCUCGACGCGGUCGACUUGCGGCGACUCGGUUGACUUCAAGUUUGCCCUGCGCAUGAUCUCAAGAACAGCAGAGCCGCUCCAAGGACCUAAGGGAGAGGUUGCUUUGCUCCUGAACGGCGAAGCUCUUCUUCAAAGCGGCGUCCUUUACCAGGCCUAUUGGCCGGAGUCUCUCAUCACCCCACCCAGCGAAGAGGCUAUGCUGCAGGACCUGCGUUCCAUCAAGAACAGUGGCUUCAACAUGGUGCGGGUUCAUGCGGCUGUCCUCCCUGCCAUGUUCUACCACUUCUGCGAUUUGGAGGGCCUGCUCGUCUGGCAG